CUCGGCAGCAAAUCUCAGAAUAGGCAUUAAAAAAACCUGUGGUUUUUGUGACAGGAAGGAAAUGUCAGAUAUGAUAGGCUGACACUGACAGGUACAAACCAAAUAAAAACACGUCAACCAACGCUACUUCGAGAAUUUUUGGGCCCUGUUGAUCACAAAGUAAAGUUCUCUUGAAAAAUGGAUCCCCUCAUUGAAGAAGAAGAGCAGACCGGGUUCUUUAAUCCGGUUACGUUUGUGUUCCAAUUCCUGGCCUCAUAUGGCUGGUACCUGGUCGGUGCCUCCGCGCUCGGCCUCUAUGCUGCCAGUAAGCUGAAGCCCAAGAUUGAUGCGUGGAAGCAGGCGAGGGAGGAUGCUGAGUACCAUAAGGACCCGGACAAGGCGAUGGCGCGCAUGGAGGCGAUCCAGCGAGCUCGGGAGAAGCAACAACAACUGUUACUAGCAGCGUCACAGAGAGCCGCCGAGGAACAGAAAGAGAAAGAGGAGCGCAAACGUCGAGAGGCGGCCGAGCGGCUGGAGAAGUACGGCUCCACGUCCGGACAGCGGCUCGGCUCCAAUGAUGACGGCUACCUCCCAUUGAGUGGGGGCGCGUCGACCUCAAGCUACAAGGCUCCCAAGCGGUCCGCCUGCGCCAAGGGAGGCUGCGGACGAUAAUUGAACAUAAUAUAGCCUUAAUUUACUACAUACAGGGUGUUGCAAAACGGCAUGGUAUAUUUAAGCCCGAAAAUGAAAUGAAAAAUUUAAAAUUCGAGUUUUUUUUUUUCAUAGAAUGUUGGUACGCGAAUUUUGUAAUUCUGAUUUUAUUUUCGGGCUCAAUAUAACAUGCUGCACAUGUAGGUUUCGGCUUGGUAUACCCUUUUUGCAACAACAUGUAUAACACCGCAAUUCAUCGUAUUGAGUCAUAGCUUUAUUAAUUUGUUAUAGAGGUAUUUCCACAAUUUAGAGUACCAGUAUUCGCUUGCAUAAAUGCUUAAAUGCGUUUAUAACCAUAAAAUAAUACGAAUAACAUUGUUUUAAUAAAAUCAAUGGCUUUAGUAAUCUGUGAUGGAUCUGGUUUCUCCGUAAUAUUAAUUUGGUGAAAGAAAAUGUUUAGGUAAUUUUAUUUUACUUAGUUAAUAAACUAAUAUGACUUAUUAUACUCUA